GCCUUCCAUUAGAUGCAGGUGAAGCGGAAGUGACGCGUGUGUCCGCUCCUCGCUGUUGUGUUCUGCUCCAGGAAGCUGUUACCUUCCGCCAUGAAACCACAAAAGAGCCGGAAAACACAGUGAAGGUUUAUAAUCUGACCAUAAAAGACCUUACUAAAGAGUCAAAGGAGUGUAUCUAAGGAUUAGCACUGCGUGUAGCCUCGUAAACUGUUAGCAUUGUUAGCUGUUUAUCUGAGGGAGUGUUGCUAACGUUAGCAGCUAACGGCUGUAGCUGGAGAUAAAGGUACACAGAUGGCGACCAGGGGAGUGUGUUGUUCGGGAGGGUUCCUGCUCCUCCUGCUGCUGACUGGAUCCGAAGCCAGGAUCCAUAAACUCACCCUGAACAAUGAAACCCGGUCCUCCGUCGACCUCAACAACUUUGGUUUCUAUGCCAACGGGACUCUGGACGUGAAACUGGUGUCUCUGCGUAUCUCUGAGCAGCUCACCAACUACACUGCGUACCCGCUCGGGUUCACCCUCUCCAGGUCCAGAGUGAACGGAGUCUUAUCCUACACACAGGCGGAGGAGACGGACGUGUGUCCCCUCACUCUCCCCAAGUCCACCAACAGCGAGCCUCUCCUUCUGUUUCUCAUCGACAUCAAAACGCUCAGCGUCAAUGUGAAAGUCAUGGGGGACCAGGACAACCUACUGAUAGCGAAGCCAAAGGUGCAGCCGCCUCAAGGUGUGAGGAAAGAGAGGGAGGCUGUUCCUGAAGCUCCUGCAGCUCCUGCAGUUGGGGGGGGGGAACCCCCAAAAGAGGAAGACAAAGUGACCCAAGAAGUUCAGAAAGAAAAGCAGGAGCCGGCCGAUGGAGAGGGUAACAGGUUCCAGCUGGACAAAGUGAAGCAGAUGACGUUAGCUCUGGACAAAGUGAACGGCUCCUACAACUUCAGCUUCCACAUCGUGUUCAGCCUGCUGGCCGAGGGGCUCUACACCCUCAAGUUCCACUAUUGCCGCAACAAGGGGCCCGUCAUCAAGCUGCCCUACUACUUCUCUGUGGAGGUGACGGAGCAGAACCCCGGAGGCUACCUGUCUGCAGCAGAGAUCCCUCUCUCACGCCUCUACAUCGGGAUGGCCGGAGUCUUCUUCACCGCUGCCAUGGUCUGGGUUUACACACUGAUGAAGCACAGGUACAGUGUGUUUAAGAUCCACUGGCUGAUGGCAGCGCUCGCUUUCACCAAGUCCAUCUCCCUGGUUUUCCACAGUAUUAACUAUCACUUCAUCAACACUGAGGGCCAUCCCAUUGAAGGCUGGGCCGUCAUGUAUUACAUCACUCACCUACUGAAGGGGGCGCUUCUCUUCAUCACCCUUGCUCUGAUCGGAACUGGCUGGGCCUUCGUUAAAUACAUCCUGUCUGACAAGGAGAAGAAGAUCUUCAUGAUCGUCAUCCCUCUGCAGGUCCUGGCUAACGUGGCGUACAUCAUCAUCGAGUCGACAGAGGAGGGCUCCAUCGAGUACUACCUGUGGAAGGAGAUCCUGUUCCUGGUGGACCUCAUAUGCUGCGGAGCCAUCCUGUUCCCCGUCGUCUGGUCCAUCCGUCACCUGCAGGAGGCAUCCAGCACCGAUGGCAAAGCCGCUAUGAAUCUGGAGAAGCUCAAACUGUUCAGGCAUUAUUAUGUGAUGAUUGUGUGUUAUAUCUACUUCACGAGGAUUAUCGCCAUCCUGCUGAAGGUCACCAUGCCGUUCCAGUGGCAGUGGUGCUACGAGUUUCUAGUGGAGGUUUCCACUCUGAUCUUCUUCGUGUUGACGGGCUACAAGUUCAGACCAGCGUCCAACAACCCGUACCUGCAGCUUCCCCAGGACGAGGAGGACGUGGAGAUGGAUGAAGUAGUGACUGAGUCCGGCGCUCUGGAGGGAAUCUCCAAAGUGAAGAAGACUUGUAACGGACGCGAUCGCCCGAAAGAGUCCACCUUGUGAGCUUGAACCUGCAUCCUUGGAGGAGGAGGUGGGGGGUACUCAACAUGGACCAAGCCCCCUCCUCCCACACCAGAUUCCCUUUUGAACUCUCGGAGAGGUUGCAGUGGUCCUGUCCACUGUCUGGCUAUGCAAAAACAAAAAGACAAAUUUUGUUGGACGCUCUCCAUUUCCUCGAAAACACUCCACCCAGAAACUGUGGAGGGACGGAUGGGGGUCUCUAAUGUCCCUCUCCCCAAAGAUAAUUAUCAUUUUAGUGACUUGCUUUCGGGUGUGUUUAUAUCGGCUAUUUAAACGGUACUGCUGCCGGUCGUACCUGUGCUGUGUGAGUGUGAAUGUCAGACGACUUUAAAUCAACUGUAAUGUUUUUUAUCUUCCCUUCUGGAGACCAAAGGCUAAAUCAGUAUAUCUUUAACAUUUAGAAAGGAAGCUUUGGAGUCAUCCAGCCGCCACAACAACACAGAGGGUGUGGUAUUCCUGUGGAGGGCCCUGAAGGCAACUGGUCCAAUGGGACUUCUGGGACACCAGUAUACAGCGGAUGAUCUCCACAUGAUGAAACCAAAGCUUCCUUUCAACACGUUCUCUUCCCGCUCUCACAGGUCGUUUUCCAGCUUCACAACAACACUGUACGCUAUAUGUUACUCUGUUUUCCCAUGAAUGGAAAUAUAUGAAAGGUUGUCUAUUUGAAUAUAUUUCUUAUUGCGUAUUGAAAUGUUAUAUUUCAGUAUUAUUCCUGAGAGUCGGGCCGCUGCUGUAAUUGAAUGCUUUAGUGUAUGUGAAGCCCAGACCUUAAUACAUCUCUAAUCACCAGAAGGGGGGGGGGCGCGCGCAGAGGAGAGACCCGACGGAUGAGUUCUGAAUCCUCUGGCUUUCGGUUUUACUUUUGUGCUCUAGAUGUGAAGCUUAUUUUAUUAAUUAUUGAAGACUUAAAAGAUGUAAAUAGGACUGAGGACACCGAGAGGAAGGCACUUUCAGGAGGAGGCUUUGAGACGCGUUCUGUUCUGAUUCUUUUCGAGGAUGCAGCAAAUGAGAGGAGGCUACCUGUACAGGUGUGAUGGUUGAGAGGGAACAGGAAGUUACAGCGAAGGUGUGAUGUCUGUGUGAACUGUCACAAUAAAGCUGGUGUUCUGGAAA